UCUCUCUUUAUUUUUCUUCUUCUGUGGUUUCUUUUCGGGCUGCUGCACAGCUGCUGCUUCUUUAAGAGCCACCGCCCGCCCCCUCUCCUGUAUUUUUAGCUGAGCCAGCCACUUCAUUUGCUGGAUAAGACAGACAGCUGUGUACCGUAUGAUCUCACUUAAUCGUUUUUAAUAAAUGACAUCAAAUCUCAUACUGCAGAUUCGCCGUAUACGUUGGGCCUGUGCAGCCAGCUGUUUCCCUGGAAAUGUCGUAUGAGGCAGACGUUUGUCCCGCCGCUGUCGGAUGCUGAGACGCGCAAUCAUAGCCUGUGGAUGCUUGAUGUCCAUUAUGAAACGCAGUGCUGCACUGGGUACCGAAUGUUAGGCGCAGCGCUUCUGAGAUCAAAUGAAUUACAAGAAAUCCGUUUAGCUGCAAAAUCCACUCCUGCUGCGCGGACGGUUCAAGGUGGCCCAGCAUCCUUCUCCUCAGCCCUCAGCUUCCUGUCUUCUCCUGGACUGUGGAUAACAAGAAGCCUUCAAGACGGAGGGGGUGGUGGAGCAUCGAGGAAAAAAUAGGGGCAAUAUGAGAGAGCGGGACUUCAUGCCCAAUAUGGAGAGGGGCAAACCUGCCACUUAUACGGGGGACAAAAAGGCUAAGAUGGCUGCUAAGACUAACAAGAAGUGGGUGAGACUAGCCACUGUUUUUGCAUAUGUAUUGUCCGUGUCCUUAGCAGCCAUUAUUCUGGCUAUUUACUACAGCCUGAUCUGGAAACCAACUAGUGCAUCCUCUUCUGCGGGGAAGCCGGGGGUGCCCGAGGAGGUCACCCCCACCGCGAACAUCUCAACUAAUAUUUCCACAAGCAACAAUGUCACAGAGUGGAACUCUACACAGACAGGGCUGCUAUCUCUCAACCACACCAUGCGGGGCACAACCCCGCGCAGUCUGCCGUUUCAGUGGGACGACAUAGCCGAGAGUGCGUCCGUCUCCCCGCGCGGUGCAGCCGGAGCAGAAACUGCGCACUCGCAGCGGGAGGAAGGACUCUACGCGUCUUCCCACGGUCACACGAGCGCGGACAGAUCGGGCACUCUGGACAAGGAGACACACGCGUCUCAGCCCCGGGUGAGCACCAGGGAGUCCGGAGCUGAGCUUAACGAGGACGUGGAUGGGGAGGAAGAGGAGGAGAGAGGGAGGCGCGCAGCAGUCGCAGGGGCGAUGGGGCGAGCGACAAAAACCGCGACCCCGAGCAGGCGGCUGCGGAUCCUUCCGCUGGUCCCCCUACGAGCCGUGCUGAUCGGGCCUGAUUCCCAACACAAUCACACACCCCUCUAUACACACACACACACACACACACACACGCAGUGACCCAACAAGGAGUGUUUUACAGACUCAGUGCCGCAGGUCGGAUAACACACAGGUCUUCUUCUUUAAAAUGAUUUUGCAGAUCCCUCCUGUGGAUGCUGAACUGCACGUGAACUGAUCAUAUCUUGCUCUUAUGACUGAGAAAAGAGGAGACCUCGCUUCUUCUAAUGAACACUGUUUCCCCCUCCUCAACACUUAACUAUGCGUUUUUUUUUUUCCGUUUUAGGCCAUCUGUAUGCCUUAAAAAUCAGUGUGUGUCUACUUUACCUCGGACAGCUUCUGAGGCCCACUAACCUGCCUGUGCGUGUGGACGGAACUGGUAUAGAUAUUUUGUUAAAUUAAUAGGACAAAGGCUCCAGAGAUGCUUUUGGUUUUGUAGGACAUAAAUGUGUCUCACGGGCAUACAGCGCUUCACAUCACUGCCAUUCAUCGGCUGGUCUAAAUCAAUACUGCAUUAUUGCAUUUUAACAUAGGCUGUACUUUUCUUUUCAUGGAUCAAACCUGGAUGGAGUAGAAGAACCUGCAUUAUUGAGUUAUGCUCAGGUAUGUGCAUAUAACCAUGUAAAUGUAUUGUGUAUUUGGUUAUGUACAUAUAGGGCAGGCAUACAUCUUUUUGGCCUUGAUGAACUUCUAGUGUAAUUAGAUGAUUUUUAUUAAAGGUACAGUAUGUAUAAUAGGUAUAACUAUAUCACAAGGUACAAAUAAACAUCCUUAGAAAAUGAUUCAUUUCUAUGGUUUUAUAUAUUUAUAUAACAGAUCUAUGUAAAUCAUGAAUUAAUCACUGACAUUACCAUGUAUGUUAAUGAUAUUUUAUUUACUCAGUCAGAAUGGAUAAUAUAUAUAUUCAAAUAAAUGUUAGGUUUUUCCUAACAGCUAGCAUUUUGUUUCAAAAAUGAAAAGUCAGGUGGAUUUAAAUGGACUAUGGCUCACUUCAGAGUGUAACAAUAACAUGCAAAAACCCACAUGUAUUGACUGAUCUGAGGAAGUAGGUUCAACUGAAAUAAUAAUAACAGUGCAAGUACAAAGAGCAGUCCAUUUAUGGUCAGUGUUGUGAUCUGGGCUUUUAAUCAGGUCAGGGGGGCUUUAAUUAUCUGAGUGAGGUGCUGUCUUACUCCCUCAUGGAAAGGGAAAGCAUUCAUCUCCCAGCCUGCCACAGCUCACUCGCUGCAGCUCUCCACUGAAACCACUUCACACAGUCACAUGUGGUGAACUAUGAAGUGGAAAUAAGACCAAACCACCCCGUGCGCUCUCUCAGCAGCAUGUGAGGGAGGUGUAUCGAUCUGAGAGCUCUGUUGUUGCACUGUGCAAAAUCGGAGAAGAACACAUUACACAAUACAGCUUGGUGCUAUUUUUGAUCCAACUCUCUCUGAAAGGGACUGUUUGGCUGAAGGGUUUGAGAAUCUUUUUUUUUUUUUAAAUGCUGGCGGUGACAAGCAUCAUUCACUAUCACACUGAAAAUAAAACUACUUGAUUUCA